UAUUAAUUAAAAUUUUAAGUUUUUACGCUAUGGGCUAUAGUUUAAAUUUCGAAGACCUUCUGACACCUGAAAGCCUUUCAGAUGAAGUAAAACAAAAUCAAGAUGAUGUUCAUAAUAAUUCACAAGAUUUAAAUACAGAUCAAGAUAUUGUAGUAGAAUAUUAUGUUCAAAAGUAUUUCGAUGAUAUGAAGAGCAAACAAAUUUUUUUUUUCAAAAUUCCAAUGACACCAAAUGAAUUUUGCUUAGACAACGUUUUUAUUACAGAUAAUCAUCUUCUCAGCAUUGAGUAUUGGCAUAGGCGUAUCAUGGUGGGAGCGAAUGGGAGCGACUGAACUAUACUAUUAAUCAAAUGCAGGCUGUUCUGAGGCACACGGCACACUUGUAUUUAAUAUUAUGUUCAUUUCUUACACAUAUUACAGCUGUUAGUUAAAUAUAAUAGUAUAUUUAUAUUUCUUUUGUGGCAUAAAUUCUAAGGCCGUGGAAAUGUGACAUAAACAUUUAAAAUUUCUAGAUUACGUCUAUAAUAUAUAUGUACAUAAUUUCCAUGGCUUGUAGAUACCAAUACCACAGAAUAGAUGAAAGAUAGAUGAUUUCAUCCACGAGUUUAGGAAAAAAAGCAAGUGAAAAAAAGCGAAUGAAAAAAAAGCAUAUGGAAAAGAAAGCGAAAAUCAAUUAUUAUUAUUAUAGGUAUAAAUUAUCACAAAUGGUUUGUAAAAAAAAAAAAUCAA